AAAUAAAGUUUUGAAAAAGUUUGAAAUGUUGGUUUGGAAACAGCGAUACCACAAGCCUCCUACAGCAUUUGUUACAAAGAUUCAGCACCUAGAGUUUAACACAGAAAAGGGAUGAAUAAGUAGCCAGAUUCGACUGACGCUUUGCUUAUUUUCUCUUUCUGAUUUGUAAACUGUGGGUUUGAGGGUCAUAGGCUUCGGUCUUGUCAUAGAAAAAGUAAAGCUGCCAUACUUUUAGUUUCUCUUUAAAGCAGAAGGAAAUGAGCCUGCAGUCUUUUUGUCCUUUUACAAAUAAACUAAUGCCAUCAAAGUUCCCUUAUAAAUGAUAAAACACAAAAAAGAACAUGUUUGGGUAAGGUGCCUUUGAUCAUUCAUUGGUUGAAAACAUAGUUUGUCACAGGAAACAUGUUAGACAAAACUGGUAUGACUAAAAUUAACCUAUUUGAUGUAUCCAGGUGAGUCACAUGAGAGUUUUUAGGUUAUGUUCCUAGUUUGUGUUUUUCUUUCAGUUAUUUGCAACAGAACAAGUCACAUUCAUCACACUUUAUUUCCAAUCAUCCACUUCUUUCUAAUCUGGCAAUGACGUGUUUUUCAUUUAGCUACUGGUACAAACCAAGAACCAAUCUUAGCCUUGCAGUAACUUUUGUUUUAACAGUGAAUUUUUUACAUUUCAAUUGGCUCCACAACAAUAAGCUGCUGUCAACGAUUUUUAAAAUCACAAAUCUUGACAGUAAAACAGGGCCUCCGUCAUAACUCAUAAACUUCCCCCCUCCCUUAAAAAUGAAAAAUGUUGUGCAAAAGCUCCUGUCACUUCCUCAUAUACUUUUGUGGUUUUGCUAGAAGCGCAACUCCUUUUUAGCUGCAGUCGUCAUUUAACACUUGUCUUCAGUCUUAUUUCGACUCGCCGAGGCAGCAACCAUGGCAGGCAUUGCUUUGCCGCUUCAAGAUUUUAUUGCAUCGCUGGAUCCCAGCAGUUUACCGAAAAUUCUACAGAUUUGCUCUGGAGUCUAUUUCCAAGGUUCGGUGUAUGAAAUAUCUGGGAGUGAAGUUAGCUUCUCCACUGGGGAUCUAAUAAAAGUCAUCGGUAUUGAACUGCAGUCUGUCUCCUGUGAGGAUGUUGCCAACAAGGAGACAUUUGAACUGCCAGUCAGCCAUGCAGGGCUGUUCAAGGUCGUCCCGGAGCAGAUGCCAUACAGUUCAGUUGAAGAGAUGAUGAGUCUGAGGCCUGUGGGCCAGGAGUCCUUCCUGCCUUUUACUUUCCACAGCCACACUAAAAUGACACUUGACACCUUCACCCUGGGGGCCGGCAAGGCUUUGACUGUGAUCGCCAUCGAGAAACACGAGGGGAAAGAGGAUCAGGUGCGGUGCCACGUUAAAGGAGAAGCAGAGGCCUCGGCUGAAGUCCGCAUCCCUUUGUCGUCUCGGGGGCAGUUUUACGAGUGCGAGAGCGAAGAAUGCUACACCCUGAAGGAGAUCAUGUCUUCACCCUUUCUGCGUAGCCGAAGGUUUUGCUUGGUUAAGAAAACCAACUGUGAGCGGGUCCUCGUCCUCAGUCCAGUUUACCAGAUCCAGGCCAUUAUGAACUUGAGGAAGAAUGUGCUGAGGUUCCCUUCCAGCUUAGAAGUGGAUGUGGUUGAUGUCAGCGACCUGUGUAAAGACGUACACUUCAUGACACCGCUCAGUCUGAAAGAAGUGCUGUCUCGGCCUGAUGAAUCCUUGCCUGGGGUAGUGGAGAUAUUAGAAGAGCCACAUGCAGGCUCUCUGUUUAAGUGCAACUGGCUGCAGGGACUUACCAAGAGAGCACACUUGGUUUUGCACAAGAAAGGAACCAAGGCCAUGGCUCUGUUGUCUAGCAUGAAGGGCCGAAAGGCUCAGCAGUUCUUCCUAGUGUCUCAGCAAUACGGCGGGCGCAUUCGGAGACGGCCAAGAGACUUUAAUUCAGUGUACGAGCUGUACGUCGCUUCAACUCAGACAAAAGGGCUGACAGUGAGCGUAACAAGGAACUGUGAGGAGGUGGAGGAGGAAGGUCUGCCUGGUCUCAGUGUUGGAGAAAGACUGGAAAUUGUGAGCUGUACCAGAAUGGACCUGCCUGGGGAAAGCAGCAAAAAACAGAAACAGUCCAUUGAGGCACUUUUGUGUCACCGUGUUCAGGACCCAGAUGAUGUGGAUGAUGAGGAGGAGGAGGAGGAGAAGGAAGAGGAGGAGGUCAAACAGCUGGAUGAGAAAGAGGAGGUUCGGCUGCCUCUAUACAUGCAAGGUCACUUCGUUGAGGUACUUGGUGACAACAAAAAGUAUAAACUCAGUCAACUGGGUAAGGAGUUUAGUUUGCCACUGGAUGUGAAAGUGGUGAGCCGUGAUACAGAACUUGAGAGUGAUCCAUUAGUUGGGUUUCCUUGUCUGAGAAUAGAGGGUGCAAUGCUGGAACCAACUAUCCAGGCAAGCUUCCUGGAUAAACCUGACUACUGUUUUGAACUUCCAGCCAACUGGCUCUCCAUGUCUGUCUGCUACACAGAAGAGCCCCUUCCCUGGCCUGAUGGUCAAUGUCCCAAGAGUUCCGUAGAAUGGGUUACUGAAGUGUCAGAAAAGUUCUUUUAUGAAUUUCAGAAGCAGCGUAACUCCGGCGAGGCUCCUCCACCUCGACCGCCAAAGCGAGAUUUGUCAUCGUCAAAAUCCUCAAAAGCACGUUCAAAACCCGCAAAGAAGUCAUCCAAGCACCAAGACAAAAUCACCCCAACCGAGCAGUUCAGUGCCAUGACUUUGAAUAAAAAAAGGGCACCAGCUCCUCCCCCUCCAGAUGGUUUAAGCGAUGAGCCUCCCACCAUUGUACCACGAAAGCACCUUGAGGUCGGUGGGUCAGCCAAGGCACUGCCAAACAUGUACAUAAAAAUGAACCAACCAAAGACUAGAGGGCCCACGAGUGAUGUUACUGCAUGUGUGGACAGCGAUCACGACUACGAAACGUUGGACGAAUCUUUGGCAUCUAUGGUGAAGUCGGCGCAGGAGAGUGUUGCUUUUCUAGGCAAAAGCUGAAGUUCUUUCAUUGCAGCUCGGUGGGAAUGACAGCUGAAUUUAUGAGUGGCUAAACUAGAAAAGGUGCAAGUGAACCUAAUCUAAAAACAGGUCUGCAACAAUGUGCGCACAAGCACCAAGCCAGAAAUCUCUUUAGUAAUUUGGACCGUGCUGAUCUAUUUACUCCCCCGCCAAAAUUCACUCGGCCAAAGAGAGUGAAACAAGUACGAUAUAAUUAGGCGAUUGUCACAAAUUUACAAUUUUGUGAAAAGGCAGUAUUUUGUGUUGGUGCUGUUUUGUUCAUAGAACUUUGUAAUUUGCCCAAAGUCCUGACUGAUGGCGAUUCAUUUGUGGAUAAUUAAUGCUUGGAAUUUGUUACGUUUUUCUUAUUGUUUAUUUGCCCACCCGCCUUAUGAUGUGAAACCUGAUUGUGGUUUAUUGGGUAUUUGAUUUUAGUUCCUGCUGUCGCAGCAGCAUUGGUUCCAUUGAGGGGUCCAGGACAGGUCGGAGCAGCUGGGGAUUCUAUUUUAUCUGUUUCUGUUGUAAAAGCGGGCCACACAACCGAUCCGGUGUCGGUACAGGAUCGGCUCGGGGUCCUUCGACUGCCGAUGACGUCACAUUACUGCAAAUCUACUCGGCUUUCACACUCGUUUUGGAAAGACAUCAGCAGUUUUGUUAAUAAAUUCUUGUUUGUUAACACCUAAAUGUUUUCUUUAUAACUGUAAUUUGUUAAUAAAACACCAUAUUACCUUUGUUUUGUAAAGAAUGUGAACCUGCAUAAAACCAACAUCGGACUGACACAAAAUAAACAGUUCUUUAAUGUGAAGCCAUAUCUGUUUGUAUUAAUGUGGAGUUCGUCUGUAUAUUUCCUUAGUAGUAUCUAAAUACUUUCUUUGACUCAAAAUAUUGCUUGGUGUAUUUCAGUAAAGUUCUUAUAUUUUAUUUUGCCCCAUUACAUCAACAUCAAGAGCUUUUGAGGGUCACCGUUUAUCAUUUGCUUAUAUUUUACAUUUCCUUUAGAUAUUCAAACAUAUUUUCUCCAAAAAGUGUUGAUUUUUGGACUACAGGACUACAACCGCUAAGACUACGACCGCAAAUUUGUUCUGACCAAUCAAAAUCAUAACGUGAUAACGUAACUUCCGUAAGCUUCAUGUUCAGCCAAUCAACUACUUUGACAUCAUCGGCAGUCGAAGGACCCCGAGCCGAUCCUGCACCCGAGCAGAUCCUGUACCGACACCGGACCACGACAUUCAUAGGCCAACUGAGUGACUAGGGAGGAGAAGCCAGCGUCACACAACACAGUCCAUUGAGGAAUAUAAAAACGUCACUGCUCGUGGCGAGCGAAAUAAAGACCAGAAUGCUGUUGUUUGUAUCGUUAUUUGUACACGGGCAUGAAAAGAUGUCAGCAAGCAGUAGUGAGGUUUGGUUGGUUUCAGAACUACAAACAUGUCUCACCAUCGUCGGUGAUGGCCGCAUACAGGAAGGUACGCGUUUAGGUUUCACCCCACCUGCCAAGUGAGAAUCCAACUGCCAAACCGUCGGUCAAUACCAGCCCACAACGACCCUUUCUGACCUAUCCCAGACCAACCAGGGGAACCGAAGCUAGUUUUGCUUCAGCCUCAUGGCACAGUGCUUCCUCAAACUGGAAAAUAUGAGGUUCUCAAAACUUUUGGACACAGCUGUACUAUUGGUUUUCAGCCCUUGUAGACAAAAGUUUUUUAAAGACCAUGUAGUUUUUAUUUAUGCCGUGCAAUACUAAGCAGUUAGUGGCGAUGCACAGCAACUGCCACACCCAUUAACACAGUGGCAAAUAUUUCUGAUUUAAACUCAAUAUUACUAACAAACUGUAUAUUUAUGCUGAUGUCAAACUGUAUAUAUGCAAUAAUCAGACACUCCCGAAAAAGGCUCAUCUCCAACCACGUCAAUCUACAGGAGUGCAACAUUCUAGUUUUGACAAAUAAACUUAUGUAUUUUUAUCAAACCCGGGUUGUUUAUAUUUGUGCAUUCUGUGAUGUGAAUUUGACACAAAAUGUUAAGUUAAUGUUGUGCAUGCUCAUAUUUAAAAUCAAAUAAAUUUGCUAAAAUAAGUUGAAAA